AUGGAGCCAAGGCUUGGGAUUGCGAAUGUGACGAGUAAGUCUCGGAGUGAGCAACUUGAGAGCAAUGUACCUCAGUCCCGCACACCGGUGAGGGGUGACGAGAGUGCGAAUAGUACUGUUGAGACUGUCCUGCAGCGUCGUGAAAAACCACUGGCCGAGCUUCCAAAGAAUCUUCGUACUCUUCACACUGAUCCUGAACUUGGAGUUGCGACCUCAUGUGCACUUGGACCGGGUGCUGGUCCUGGAUUUGAUAUUCAUAUCCUACCGAUGACCCGUGACCAUGAUGAGAGUUGCUGCGGACUCUGGACGCAGGAUGGCAACUCAAUGCUAGCGGGUAUUGAGUUUGAAGAGCUCCCUGAGAGGGGUAGCAGGGAGACGCACCUGCAGAUUUCCUACGCUCCCGUUGCUUUCCAUGCUUGA